AUGGAGGCCGCGGCCGCGACAAUUAGGCAGCUCUCCCGCCAGACCUUACCAGACAGACCUCAUCAGUUGACAACAUCCCUCGAUUACAGGGCACCCUACUUCCCUGAAGACAGCAGAGCGCAUGGUUUCGAAGAACAACGGAUACGGCACUGUCAGUACAUGACCUUGGUCAGCCAUGGUGAUCGAGGCAUCCUCAUGCCGCGCAGUUACCACGAGUUCAGGGAAGAACCACCAAAGCCCGUGGUCAAAGAAAUCAGCACAUUGGCGCGCCCCGGGGGCCCCAAGAAGACGCUGUCUUUGAGUGACUACCAGAACAAGAAGGCGAGCGCCAAUUCAUCGCCGCAUUCAACCCCAAAAGCAGAUCGGCUUCCCGGGCCGCGUAUGGACGUUAAGCCGUCGGACAGCGUCCGGAGACCAGAGACUAUGAAGCCAAUCCCGCCUGUUUCCUCGGUGGAGGGCCUGGGCAAGGUUAAGCCCAAGGGUCUGCCAGAGAAGAUCGAGGUAGACAUGAGACCUGCAGAUCUAGAUGAGGCGCGCCCGCCCAAGCGACCCAAACCGACCACCAACGAGACUAGCCGCGAAGAUAUCAGACAGCCUACCGACUCAAGGCCGCCAGCGUCGCGCGAAGAGCCAAUGCGGCGGAAGCCAGUCGAGUCGGCACCGUCCCGCGAUCAAGCCCAAAGAGAGAGGAGCUCGUCAUUGUUGGGUAACGGGCGCAGCUCCACAGGCAAUGCGUUACCAGGCACGAAUCGACCAGCAUCGCCUGCGGGCCGGCCCCGAACUGCCUCCAUCAAUGGUGUCAAGAACCCCUCUGCAGAAAAGGGACAUCACGGCGCAGGGACUUUGUCGAGCAGGGGAGAAACGAAACCUAAGGUUGUGCCACCUCUCCUAUCACCCCUGCGAGUGGGCAUGGAGCAGGAGCAGAGCAAGCCUGAGAAGCGACGCCGCGAUGAUGGUCCCGACCCUAGAACAGAGCUACCUCCAAAGCCGGAGCCGCGACCCGCAACUAAGCGACUCAAAUCCCCUCCUCGCAUCCCAUCACUGCUAUCGCCAACACUUCCGGCGGUGGUCGAGGAGGCAUUAGAGCGCAGGCAGCAGGGCUCCAAAUCCAAAGCGGACGUGAUAUCGACUGAAACGAAGGCGAAGGAUAGAGACGGCGCGAGUCAGUCGAAGGCGCCGGCCGAGACUUGUACAGACAAGAGCGGACGCACCCGAAGGAGUCUGGUAGUGCGCUUGAAGGUACCAUCGAAACUGAGGGACCGAUUUGCCAAGGUUAUGCAGAGCAGUGUCGCGCGGAAAGGUGUUGCGAAGCCCGUGCGAACGUCUGAGAAGUACCCGGCCAGCAACCUGAACCCUGAGCCACCAAGUCCAGCAGCGAAACGACCUCGGACUUCGGACAUGGUUUUCAAGCCCCCCGAGCCCUCGACGCCUUCUAAGAAAUCCACAACAAUGUCUCGGGUGAGCUCCAGCAAUUCGCUAGCCCCUACACCGGCCGACUUUGUUGCGACUCCAUCGUUGCCGGACAGCGCGGAGCGCUCCUCCGACGUGAACAAGUCAAAAACACAGGCCUUGAAAGCCAAGGAAGUUGAAUAUCAGAAAAUCGGGAGGACCAUCAAGCACAAGGCCGACCCAAUGCUCCGUCCGGGCAACGAUUCCAGCACCGUCAAUGGCAGCGUUUCGAAGCAGGAGCGCAUGCACAAGCGCGCGUUUGCCCUCAUGCUCGAGAGCAUAUGCGCCUUCAUGCUGAGCUUUCAGGUGCAGGAUCAGCUGGCGGCGUUGAACCACAAGCCGUGCGACGGGACAGGGUGGCAAUCCUGCCUGCCGCUCAUCGAGGUGAUCCAGCACCACAUCCGCCGCGGCAGUUCGAGACGCUCACUAGGGCCGGUCUACGCAAUUUCUCUGCUCUUGCAAGCCGUGGCUACGGAAAAACUGACCGAGUCCUACACCACGCGCGACGAGAAGAGCGUCGACAUGGCCAGGCUCUUCCAGCACACGCGAAGCCAGUUCAAGAUCCGCGCCAACUACCGCGAUGUCGUCUCGUCGAUCAAGAACCCUCUGCUCCGCCUCCGCGAGUCGCACAUGUGGCCGCAGGUGGACGAUGCCGUGGAGGCGACGCUCCAAGUCCUGCGUGCGUGGUGCGCCGAAGAGAACGUGGACUGGACGGCGGAGCUCAGCUUGACAGGCUCCACGACGGCCAAGUCGACCACCACUUGA